AUGGAACUUUUAAAACUAUCAGAUGAAUCUUUAAUUUAUGAACUUCAUAGACGUUUCAAAUGUCGUAAUAUAAAAGAUUCUAAAAGACUUGUAUUAAUAGGAUUACCAGGUGCAGGAAAAGGAACUCAUUCUUAUAAUUUAUAAAAAAAAUUUUGCUUAUGUUAACUAUCUACAGGAGAUUUAUUAAGAACUGAAGUUAGAAAUGGUACUCCUUUAGGAAAAUAAGCCAAAAGUAUAAUGUAAAAAGGAGAAUUAGUAUCUGAUGAUAUAAUUUUAAAUAUAGUAAAAUAUAAUUUGAUGAAACCUGAAUGUUCAAAAGGAGCAAUUUUAGAUGGAUUCCCAAGAACUUUAUAAUAGGCUUAAAAAUUUGAUGAAAUCUUAAAAAAUGAAGGUUUAAAUAUUUGGAAAGCAUUAUACUUUAAAAUUGAUGAUUCUGUAAUAUUAGAAAGAUUAGGAGGAAGAAUUGUUCAUUUACCCUCUGGAAGAACAUAUCAUUUAAAGUAUAAUCCACCAUAAAUUCCUUAUUGUGAUGAUGUUACAGGUGAAUAAUUAGUUUAAAGGCCUGAUGACAAACCAGAAACUAUUAAAACAAGACUCGAAAACUUUCAUUCAUAAACAAAGCCAAUGCUUGAAUAUUAUGAAAAAUAAGGACUUUUAGCAACUAUUAAUGCAUAAUCAAGUAUUACUAAUGUUUGGAGAUAAAUAAAAGAUGUAUUUAAAAAUGGUUCAGUUGAAUAAAAUUGA